AUGUCUUCCCUCUCCACCAGAAUCCAAAGCGCCACUGUACGCAGAGAGAAGACCCCUCUACCGUCCCGCCCUGUCACUGCCGGGCCCAUGAGGCUAGUUACACCAGAGGAAUCCACUGUUGCAAGUUACAAGCCACAGGUCUCGUUUCCCACGCAAGCAGUCGACCAACCGCAGACGGGGGUCAAAGUUCACCACACAACAGUCUAUGAGGUCAACGCGUUGCGGAGCGCACUGGGAACACCGGACGAGGCGGUGACGUCAAAUCUGGUGACGGACGACUAUGACGCCAUGGUAGAGAAGUACGGCUGGAGGGCGCAGAUCCACGGGGACCCGUACGGCAUCAAGAAACCAAUGCAGAGAAGGAGCUACGCCGUCAACUGCACCGAGCCAGCCCUGCUGCCCGACCCCCCGAACGUGCACAUGGAGUCCAACGAGCCGUUCUUCUACAACACCAUCCCCCACAAGCCGAUGAGCUUCGCCGUCCACAAGGAAUGGAUGUCUGAGGUGCUGAUGGCCAAGAGGCUGGAGCUUCAGAAACGUCAGGGUGGCAUCAAAUACAAUUACAAGAACUUUGCCUUCGUAUAUUAGAACUAUUAUAUAUAUAUAUAUAUAUAUAUAUAUAUAU